AUGGUGGCUGCAACAGUGGGCUUGGAUGUGCGGGAGCCCCUGGGCUGGGAUUGUGGAGCCGGAGCCGACUUUGAAGCAAAACAGAACAACCACACAAACCCCAAGCCAGGGCCAUCGCAGUGGAACAGCAGACCAGUGCACGUGUUUGAUGACCUCAGCGGCUCUGUGUCCCUGUCUUGGUUUGGAGACAACACUGGGGUCAUCCUAGUCUUGACUACCUUCCACGUACCACUGGUAAUUGUGACUUUCGGACAGUCCAAGCUGUAUCGCAGUGAAGAUUAUGGCAAGAGUUUUAAGGAUAUCACAAAUCUCAUCAACAACACCUUCAUUCGGACCGAGUUCGGCAUGGCUAUUGGACCUGAGAACUCUGGCAAGGUGAUCUUAACCGCGGAGGUGUCUGGAGGAAGCCGUGGAGGAAGAAUCUUCAGGUCGUCUGACUUUGCGAAGCACUUUGUGCAGACGGACCUCCCUUUCCACCCUCUGACUCAGAUGAUGUACAGUCCGCAGAAUCCCGAUUACCUCUUAGCCCUCAGUACUGAAAAUGGCCUGUGGGUGUCCACGAAUUUUGGAGGCAAAUGGGAAGAAAUCCACAAAGCAGUCUGUUUGGCCAAAUGGGGGUCAGAGAACACCAUCUUCUUCACCACCUACGUGAAUGGCUCCUGCAAAGCUGACCUCGGGGCAAUGGAAUUAUGGCGAACUUCAGACUUGGGAAAAAGCUUCAAGACCAUCGGGGUGAAGAUCUACUCGUUUGGCCUUGGCGGACGCUUCCUCUUUGCCUCUGUGAUGGCUGAGAAGGAUGCAACGAGAAGGAUCCACGUGUCAACAGAUCGAGGGGACACGUGGAGCAUGGCGCAGCUGCCCUCUGUGGGGCAGGAGCAGUUCUAUUCCAUUCUGGCUGCUAAUGAUGACAUGGUAUUCAUGCACGUCGAUGCACCCGGGGAUACGGGAUUUGGCACCAUCUUUACCUCGGAUGACCGCGGCAUUGUGUACUCCAAGUCCUUGGACCGACACCUCUACACAACCACAGGUGGAGAGACGGACUUCACGAAUGUGACCUCCCUCAGAGGGGUCUACAUAACCAGUGUGCUUUCCGAAGAUAAUUCCAUCCAGACCAUGAUCACGUUUGACCAAGGUGGCAGGUGGAAGCACCUGAGGAAGCCGGAGCACAGCGAAUGUGACGCCACCGCAAAGAACAAGAAAGAGUGCAGCCUCCAUAUCCACGCGUCCUACAGCAUCUCCCAGAAGCUGAACGUCCCCAUGGCUCCCCUCUCGGAGCCGAACGCCGUAGGCAUCGUCAUCGCUCACGGGAGCGUGGGAGAUGCCAUCUCGGUCAUGGUCCCAGAUGUGUACAUCUCCGAUGACGGGGGCUACUCCUGGGCAAAGAUGCUGGAAGGACCCCACUACUACACCAUCCUGGACUCCGGGGGCAUCAUCGCGGCCAUCGAGCACAGCAGCCAUCCUAUCAAUGUGAUUAAGUUCUCCACAGACGAGGGCCAGUGCUGGCAAACCCACACGUUCACCACGAAGCCCAUUUACUUCACUGGGCUGGCCUCGGAGCCGGGGGCCCGCUCCAUGAACAUCAGCAUCUGGGGCUUCACAGAGUCUUUCCUCACCCGCCAGUGGGUCUCCUACACCAUCGACUUCAAAGACAUCCUCAAGAGGAACUGCGAAGAGAAGGACUACACCGUAUGGCUGGCUCACUCCACAGACCCCGGGGAUUAUGAGGACGGCUGCAUCUUAGGUUAUAAAGAGCAGUACCUCCGGCUACGCAAGUCGUCCGUCUGUCAGAACGGCCGAGACUACGUGGUGACCAAGCAGCCAUCCAUCUGCCUCUGUGCCCUGGAGGACUUCCUCUGUGACUUCGGCUACUUCCGACCCGAGAAUGACUCCAAGUGUGUGGAGCAGCCAGAGCUGCAGGGCCACGACCUGGAGUUCUGUCUGGACGGGAGAGAGGAGCAGCUGACGACCAGUGGGUACCGGAGAAUUCCAGGAGACAAAUGCCAAGGUGGGGUGAAUCCGGUUCGAGAAAUAAAAGACUUGAAAAAGAAAUGCAGGAGCAACUUUCUGAGUCCAGAAAAGCAGGACUCCCGCCCACAGGGACAAAGCCUGUCCCAGAACCCAGCUCCGCCUUCUCUUGGAUCCAUUGAAAACACACACUCCCUAUCUCCCACCCCGAAACAGAACUCCACCUCCAGUUCCGUGCCGGUCAUCCUGGCCGUCGUGGGGCUGAUGCUGGUCGCUGCCGCGGCAGGCGUGCUCCUUGUGAAGAAGUACGUCUGUGGGGGAAGGUUCCUGGUGCAUCGCUACUCAGUGCUGCAGCAGCACGCAGAGGCCAAUGGGGUGGACAACGUGGAUGCUUUGGACACGGAACCCCACACCCAUAAAAGCGGUUACCAUGACGACUCAGACGAGGACCUCCUGGAAUAGCUCUUCACAGAGCUGGGACCACGCGCAGAAGGGACCCCCGUUCCGCUCCCCGUGGCUCCGGUGUGGGGAAUAAACUUCCUGUGGCGAGGGCCCCAGCUCUGUCUGCUGCUUCCAUCCAAGCCAGACGCACCUACGCUGGAGACGCGGGGCAGGGCAGCCCUGAGACGAAGGGGAAGUCUUUGAAUUGUUAACUUCUACGUUCUGUCCUCCUUUAUCUCCCCACAAGAUGUGGUCUGUGUUUGCUGGGACUUUGCCUUUUUUUCUUUUAAGGGAAAUGAAAUGGAAUUUAAAGGGAAUGUUCCCGCCGCACUCUGGUGUUCUCUGUGGUGGCUGCCCCACAGCUUGCUCGGUGCUGCCCUUGGGCCCUGCUGGCCACUCUCAGAGAGCCGCUGUGGACACGGCAAUGGCCUGCAGGGACCCGCCUGGCCUGGGCCGCUUUCCCGUCUGAGACGGCCGCUCCGCGAGCAAAGCACACCAGCUCCUCACACCGCCCGGCCCCGGCGACCAGAGACACACGGCAGUUUUUCUCUUCCCUCCGGAAUUAGGCAAUACCCUUGUUAAUUGCCCUUUGGCAACUAACCGGACCUUGUGCUUCCAAGAUACUAAAUCAGGAAAACUUUAAAGGCAAUAUGUUUAACUUGGGGCAGGGCAAGGGGGCGGCAGAGAAUGGACUAGAUUUAGCACCUAUUAAAGGAGAAAUGCUUUAAUUUA